CAGGACAGCUGCCAAGAAAUGGCAUCGUAAACUGGUUCAAUAUAAAGGUAGAAGAUCAACUUAAAGUCGCUGAUGCUCGCGGUAACCUAAAAAAGACGCUUGACGCCAACGGUAUCAACUCAGAUCACCUAUACGAAGAAGCUGCGGCAGAGGAGAGUACAGAUGCGGCUAGUAGUACUUCCACUAACAACAUUUCUUUCAGAUCUACGGACCACGCAAAGCCAGACGAGACACCUGCACACUCAGCGACCUCUUCGCAGUCCCCGAGUUACAAUUGGCUCAAUGCAACGGAUCGGCAUCGCUAUUACCUUGCCUGGUUGCGAGACGGAGCGUAUCUAGAGAAAUGGAAGGAGUUCAGACUCUAUAGGCAAGUCUUCGGCGCACUUCUGGAAGACACGGCUGACGACAAAAGAAUCGGAACUCCUGGGCAGAUGGUUUUCGCACCUUCGUCUGCCAAUCUAGCGGACUAUAAAGACCAGCGAAGCAAGGGUGGACCAACGUCAUCUAAAGGUAAAAAGAAACACAGGGAAACGAAAAUGCAUAUGCAAGUGGAAGAAGUAAAAACUAAGAGCGGCGGAGGACCAGGACAGGCACAGAGCCCUACUUCUGUUGUUGUUGAGUUGAGUACACAGCCGGCGCCCACGAAGUCAUUGAGUGAGAGAAUGGCUCUAGUUGCAAAGCGAAAUGAUGAACUGGUUAAGAAGGUGAGCACCUCGUAUGCCAGAUUCUCACCCUUUCGCGGUCUCACGAGCGCCAACAUGCGCGAGAGGACAACGGAACUCCAACUGCCACCGAUAGGCCAGGAGUUGGCGCUGUGGAAUCGAAAAGAGUGGUUUCGACCCAGAAAUGUGCACAAGUAUGCAGAACUGAGACGGAGGACCCGCCAGCAGCUCUCGUGGGCCGUUGACAGUGCGAUGCGUUUCAAUCUGAACGACCUCACUCGCCCCGCGGCCGGCCCUUUUUUUCCAGCGCGCAACAAAGAAGGAACGGAAUACUACUGCAGCAAAUUUGAAAAGGAGAAGGUUGCUGGAGAUGGAAGUGGUGACAACAACAUGAACCCUCGUGUUCUCGAACAACAUGAUCGAGGUGGCACGACUCGUCAGGAGAUGAAUUCUACUCCAGCUUCCAAUCCAUUGCAUACAAGGGUUGACGGGGAAGACCGGUUGAUGACGCGAAAGAGCAUGGUACGACUACGAGGAUUGGGUUUGCCAAAUUUCGCCAAAACUGGAAAAUUUUUGAAUUUCGGAUGUGGGACGUGUGACGCGGAGGAUCCUCUGCAUUGGCUCUUUCCCGCAAACUACAGGAACAACAAGGGUAUGGAAAAUUUUUCGUCGCUUGCGGAAGAAAAUGUUGGUAUUGCCAGCAUGGCAGAACCACAAAAUCAAAUAAAGAGUGAAAAGUCGUCGAACGGACCACGAGGACUAAAGCGUCUGCAAGGGGGGCCAACGCUGGAACAGGAAAACGCAGAUCGCAUUUUGGAAGCCCGAUCUGCUUUACAGUGGAUAACUGAGCCGCGACCGCUCUCUGGCUUUGGUUUUGAACUUGACGUGGAUGAUGCCAGAACGUGCAGUCAGCAUCUGGGCGACGACUCAAUCAAAAUUUUCACCGGCGGCGUUACACCAGAAAAUAUACACGAAAAGCUAGAUGAUACUGGGUAUUUUCCUCCUGUGCUGAUAGAGGACAAGAACUUAGAGGAGAAGAUGACGCAUGGUACUGGGAGAAGCGUAGCUGAAGAUAAAGUAGUUGUUAAGGAGCUAUCAAACAAAGAACGACAACGACAAAUAAACACCGAAACGCGAUAUAUUGAGUUUGUGAAGAUUGACAUUGAUUCUUGGGAAUACCAGAUUUUGGAGGCGGUGGAGGAUAGAGCACGCGCAUCUGGCGUCACAGUCCUGGUCUACAUUUAUGACUAUCGCAAUUAAUAAAUGCAUCUUCCAUUUUAAUUUUUGAAAAUGCAUUCUAGAAGUUUAAGUUUUUGUUUUAUUCGCUUUUUCACAAAUUAUUGUGGAGCGAGUUACUGUACCUCAGUUAGCGAUACAGACAAAGACGACCACGAUCAUGACAAGGAGGUCAACAUCAAGGAUUGUUGAUGUUUCAUCCAAGAAGGAUACCAGGAACAGCAGGGCUGCGAUCAUAGCUCUAAUGCAUCAUAGAAAUUCAAGGCCAAUUUCCACCACCCAUUCGGUACUACGCGAAACACACACCAGGGGAAGGCGUUGUGCGACGUAAGAUACAGCGACAAAAGGAAUCAGCAGAAAGGGACUACGAAAAAGCCAGAUCGUCUACUUCUAGUGCAACUUCAUCUCCUGGGCCAACCUCUACCUCUCAGGAGCACGAAGCGCAAAGAAAAGACCACGUCGGAUCUCGUGUCCUAAAAAACGUGGAUAAUUCCUUCAAAGCGGUUGGGUCUCCAACGAGUUUGCAAGAAGAACAAGCCGUUACUACCAGUGCUCUUGCCCUGACUCAACUGGCAGCCAACAACAUGGAUAAGCACCACCGUUUAACGCGACGAAGUCGGCAUCCCCACUACAUCGGGACGAGCCUCCAAGCCGUUGUGGACUACCUGCGUCCGACGCAUAGCCUCAUGAUGCUUCGGGGUAUGGACGCUAUCUUCGUCGAAAACAGUAUUGUCGUGCCACAGAUUCAAAAGGAAUAUCAGGUACUUAUUGAGUUUUGUCAACUCACACUUAUGCUUCGUUCUCAAGAAGAAGAAGAACUCGAGGUAAACAUUAACAUUGUUUUUUUGAAUUGUCUCAUCCUAAUACAAUCCCUUACCCUAGAUUCGUCUUCCCUUCGACGAAGAAGCUUGUUUCGAGGUGCAUGAGGCGUGGCAUGCCUGGCGAGAAGAGUACAUCAGCGAUUGUUAUGGCUAGAAGAAGUAGUUUUUCAGUAUCCGUAUCCUGCUGUGUGCCUGCAAAGCCGAAGAGGUUGUAUUCCGAGGAGUAGACUUCCCUGACAAAGAAGUAGAAGAGGCAACACGAUCCAAAUACGCGACUCACAAACUUAGGGAAUUAUACUCUCGAAAUCUUCCCUCGAGUCACCAGAGCCAGGAUAGUGAAAAAUACGUUGAAAAUUCUAAGGUUGGAUCUACGGCGACGAUGCCUGGGAGAAUAGGGUGCCUCGGAUUGCGUCUAAUAUGACGAUGUGCGAUCCACAUUGGGAGAACCCGAGCAAUGAGACGUGGCCAGAAGGUGUGCGUGCGCCAGAUUUUGAAGUAGGGAUCUGAUGAAAUUGUGUUUCAUGAAAAAUAGUGAUAUUGCUCUUUUUUCUCGUUGUGAUCAUCAACAUUCGAUUUGAAGAUCUAUCUUUGUACGUAGUUGCAGCAUGUUCAUAUAUCUACAAGAAAAUUUACAGAUCAAGUACAAAAUUCACCUACAUCAUUUCAGUUCUUUCAUCUUCACCCACAAUAAUCAGCAGCCAUCAAGUCGCCUUUUCAAAUACCCAUAUCGUUAAUCUAAGGAGCAUCUUUCUUCGGAUUCGUUUUCGUCAACCUCAACAUACGUAACAACAAUCGCACCUGGCUAGGUCGUUAUAUCAAUAUCGUGACUAGAAUCUCUUAAAAAACGUCCUAACUCGAGCUCGUCGAUUUCUC